GAACAAGAUUACAGUACAUCCUACCUCGACGACUAUUUAUCGAACUGUCCUUACUGCCCAGAGGUAUAAAGUAUUUAUUGCUCAACUUAUCUCAUAUUUAUGUCUUUACCUAACGUAUUCCUAUAAAUGUCUGUUUGUCAUUUAUCAAGAUGAAUUGUUUUAAUUUUUGUCCCUGAAAGUGUAUAAUGUGAUGAUUUUAACUGAUAUGUCGAGCUGAGUUCUCCCGUCGAGAUAGGUUUCGCCGUGUUUUUUAAAGCUGGCGAAUCACUCGAAACCCUUCUUUGGCCGUUUUUAGCUACAGUUUCCAUUCAGUGAAAGUCUUUAUUAGUCAUCGCUAGAUAUCUACAGUUAGCUGAUUAGUGAAUUGGCACAAAUAUCUGUUUGUGCGAGUGGUAUUCAAACGGCAGCUUGCGGUCAAUAUGAGGUGAACUGGACCCUGGUGUAUGGCAAGCUGUUUUAACAUAAUAUUGACUUCACAGAUCUACGUUGCAGGGAGUACAGUGAAGUAAACUUUAGCAAACAUAUCAUCCAAGCACAGGAGUGUCUUUCCAAUCCACUGGGAUCCUGACCUCUUGGGUGUUUUUGUCUAUUCAGCUGGAACAAAGAUGGAAAGAAAGUGGGAAGACAUUUUCUUCUAUCUUUCCCAACGAUCCUUCCCAGAGGAGUUUCGGAAAGCUCAGAAGCAAAACCUCAGGAGAUAUGCCGCCAAAUUCACAUUGAAGGAAGGAGAACUUUACUUUGGAAACAGAAAGGUUGUUAAGACCAAGGAGGAGGCAAAGGAACUUUUUAAAGAGUUUCACAUUUCUCCAACUGGUUCUCACAUGGGAAUUGUGAAAACAAGGUCGGCUAUGUGCACCAAGUUUUACUGGCAUGGCAUGUCUGUGGAUGUGGACAAAUGGGUUGCAGAGUGUGAUAACUGCCAAAGGGUUGGCAGACCUUUGGCUUAUGGUCGGAAACGCAAAUAUGUUAAGCGUUCCCUUGUCCUGAAAUUCAUAAUGGCACAGAGCAUUUUAUUGGAGGUGUGCGUGGAUUCCGUGGAGUCUGCUGUCAAUGCUGAGCGAGGAGGUGCUGGUCGACUGGAGUUGUGUUCAAGUCUUAUAGAGGGAGGUCUCACUCCCAGUCUCGGUCUUCUACAGGUGGUAAAGCAGUAUAUCAAAAUUCCGAUCUACGUAAUGAUACGGCCUCGAGGUGGGGACUUCCUUUAUUCUGACCAAGAAGUGGAGGUGAUGAAGAAGGACAUCGAGCUGAUGAAGACGCAGGGAGCAGAUGGCGUUGUGGUAGGCGCCUUGACAGAGACUGGAGGGGUGGAUGCAGGUCUCUGCAUGGAGCUGAUAGCUGCUGCUCGUCCUCUGCCUGUGACCUUCCAUCGAGCUUUUGACAUGGCCUAUGACCCAGCAGUUGCUCUGGAGACUCUGAUAUCGUUAGGAUUCGAGAGGGUGCUGACGAGUGGCUGCGACAGCUCGGCUUUGGAGGGGCUGCCCGUUAUUAAACGGCUCAUUGAUCAAGCCAAAGGGAGGAUAAUUGUAAUGCCAGGUGGUGGUAUUACAGAGAGGAACCUGCAGAGAAUACUGGAGGGUUCUGGAGCUGAGGAGUUUCACUGCUCGGCUCGCUCCAGCAGAGACUCGGCAAUGAAAUUCAGGAACACCUGUGUAACAAUGGGAGCUACGAUGUCAGCGCCUGAGUACGGCCUGAAGGUGGCAGAUGCCAGCAAAGUCCGGAGUCUGAACGCAAUCGCCAAAAAUACCUUGUGAUACCUCAAAAAGAUGUUUUUUUCAUACAUUCAUUUUCAAAAGGCCUCAGUGUUCGUUUUCUUUAAUCAGAGCAUUAACGUUUAAACAGUCUGUUUAUUUUUGCAGCUCAGGGAGAACACUACUGUCUUACAUGCUGUUAAUGAAGGUUUAUUACUGAACAAAAAGCUGUGGAUCAUUCACAGGUGUGUUUGUCCGUGUACUUCUGAGGUGCAGAACACAAAAGGAACAGCAUUUCACACAACAUUGUGGGAAAACUUGAAAAAACAUUUAAAAAACAGAGUCAUAAAACUACAAAAGGAUAUAAAACAGUUGAACAAUUCAAAGAAUAAAACAAAGAAACAAAUUCACAAUGAAAGUACAUUCAGUGCAAUGUUAUAAUUGUUUUGUUUCCUUAGCUGUGUUCUUUUCUGUUUUGGAUUUUUCAUUUAGCUGUUUUCUUCUGCUACCAUUGUGUUUUGCAUAUUUUAAUUGAGCCAUUUUUGAGCUAAGAUGUGUGGAGAGUUUUAAAAUUUUGGGUUUGAUUUGUAAAGUAAUAAAUAUGAUUAGAUCUCUGGAUCUGAGAAAAAAAAGUUAUUCUUUUAAUCUGGUUUAUUUAUAUAGCGACAAUUAACAACAUGCCAAUUUAAGGCACUUUACAAAAUAAGCAAAUUCAGUCCUGUCAGACAUAUUUAAAGUCAAGUACAUACAUUCAAGUUGAUCGCAGUUCUCAAAAAAACCAAUCAAGCUUUUGGUUUUGUUCACAAGUGGAGGGAGAAGAUGAAGCCUUUAUGUUAUUGGAACUAAGAUGCUGAUUUGUAAAAAGAAAAUUGUUUGCUUUUUUUGUUUCAAGUGUGCACUGACUUUCACAAAGUUGCAACUUACAUUUACACACCUUUGCAUACAUUCAAUAAACAGUUUAUACUGUG